UUCAAGUUCAAGUUGCUUUAUUGGCAUGACAUUUGAGUUACAGUAUUGCCAAAGCAUUCAGAUACAGAAUAAAAUAUAAUAACAAUAAAAUACAAUACAAUAAAAAUAACAACAGCAGAUAAUAUUUCAAAUAUUAAUAAUAGUAAUUAUAUACAAUUAAGAAUAUCAAAUAAAACAGUUGAAUACAAUCAGUUACCCCUUUCGUAUGGUGUGUAUGGUGUAUAAAUAUUUAGCAGCUAGUGUCAUUGCUGUCUCAUUCUCUCCAAGUAUAUAGAGUAGUUUCUCUGAGUCAUUUAGAGACAAGAAUGAAGGAUUGAACGCUUCAAACUGUGGGAAGAAUGUUUCUCUUGUAGUGCUGUAUUUGGGACAGACCAGAAGGAAGUGUUUCUCAUCCUCUGUUUGAUUCAGCUCACAGUGUUUGCACCGGCGCUCUUCUCUCGGGAGCCAGGAUCUUUUAUGUCGACCAAUCUCUAUUUCCAAAUCAUGAUCACCGAGUCGAUAUUUGGAAAGGAUUUGUCUUUCUUUCAAUUGCUUGAGUGAUAAGUAGUUUGCCAGUUUUGUGGUUCUGUUUAGGGCCGAAUAACACUGGAGUUUGGUUUGGAGCUCAAAUUCAUUUUUUAAUUUUUCAUCAUAAUUAUACUUCAGAUUUUUGUCAAUUAGUUUCUGAAUGUUGGGGUUGUGAUUGGAGUCAGACUCAGUUUGGGUUUCCUUCAUCAGUUGAAGCACGAGUGUGUUUAGAGGAUGAGACACUGUGGGGGGGGAUUCAUUGGCGAGGAGGGCUUUAUAUUGAACAGAUCGAGUGUCAGAUUUCACUCCCGUACAGUAGGAUUGGUUUGAUGAUUGCGUGAUAUAAUUUAAUCCAUGUUCUAAUUGGUAGUUUUAAUUGGCCAAACCGUGCUUUAAUGGCAUAAAACGCCCUCCGUGCCUUGUCAUUGAGGGCCUUGACGGCCAGACUGAAGCCCCCUGAUGCUGAGAUCUGGAUGCCCAGCAGUGAUGGCAGUGCAGGUGUGUUUCCGGGGUCAGCGCUUGGCUCUGCUCAAGCUCAAGCUCAGUAGGAGUGUGUCUCACAGCAGUGUCUCCGUCAGUGAGCCGGACUCUCACACACACACACACACACCUGUGCCGUUCUCCCGCUCCGCCAUCGGGAACUUCUUCCAGGAGCGACCGCUGCUCACAAACCCCUUUACCCAAGAUGCACUGCUCCGGGCCUACCUGCAGCGCCACCUACCUGAGCAGCAGCUGCAGCAGGAUCUCCUGCUCUUCGGCGAGCGGCUGGUCUCUGAGAUCGAGGCUCUGGGUCGUCAGUGUGAGCUGAGUCCUCCUGUGCUGCAGCACUAUGAUGCCUGGGGCCGGCGCGUGGACCGCAUCCUCACCUGCGACGCCUGGACACGCCUCAAACACAUCUCUGCACAGGAGGGACUCGUCGCAGCGGGCUACGAGCGGACCUACGGGGAGUGGAGUCGCGUGUAUCAGAUGAGCAAGAUCUACCUGUUUGCUCCGUCUGCUGGACUCUACACCUGUCCUCUGGCCAUGACGGACGGAGCUGCUAAAGUCAUCGAGUCUCUAGGAGCGCCGGUCAGAGAAGCGUUCGAGCGGCUGACCACACGUGAUGAGAAGAGGUUUUGGACGUCUGGACAGUGGAUGACCGAGCGCAGGGGAGGAUCUGAUGUCUCGAGUGGUACGGAGACGGUUGCCAGGCGACAGCAGGACGGGGGGUUCAAGCUUUAUGGGUUUAAGUGGUUCACAUCGGCCACAGAUGCUGAUAUGACCCUGACCCUGGCUCGCAUCACUGACCGGCUCGGACGCAGCACAGCGGGCAGCAGAGGUCUGUCUCUGUUCCUGGCUGAGGUCUGGGACUCUGAAGGCUUGUGUAAUGGGAUCGAGGUCCAGCGGCUGAAGGAUAAGCUGGGCACAAGGCAGGUGCCGACGGCAGAGCUGCUGCUGGACGGCAUGAGCGCUCAGCUGCUGUCAGAGGAAGGCCGCGGCGUCGCCUCCAUCGCUAACAUGCUGACUAUAACACGCAUCCACAACACAGUGUGUGCGGUGGGUGCCAUGAGGAGGAUCACUCACCUGUGCAGGGAAUACGCUCGCAAGCGUGCUGCCUUCGGGAAGCUGCUGAAGGAUCAUGCGCUACAUGUGCAAACGCUCAGCAGACUGGAGGUGGAGACUCGCGCUGCGUUUCUGUUCGCAAUGGAAGUGUGUCGUCUGCUGGGGCGCGAGGAGAACAAAAGUGCUAGCGACCGAGAGACACUCCUGCUGCGCCUGCUGACUCCCGUUGCCAAACUCUACACAGCAAAACAGGCGGUCAGUGUUGUGUCAGAGGGGUUGGAGUCGUUUGGUGGUCAGGGAUACAUUGAGGACACGGGGCUUCCCUCCAUGCUGCGUGACGCUCAGGUGUUGAGUAUAUGGGAGGGAACCACUAAUGUUUUGUCUCUGGAUGUUCUCCGCUCCAUCGCGAAGUCUUCUGGCUCUGUUCUGCAGGCCUUCUUCACCGACGUCACAGAGCGUCUGCUGGCGGCUGAAGCGUCUGCUGCUCUGCGUCCGGCCGUUACGUCUCUGAACACAUCACUCUCGUCUCUGAAGCGUUUCACUCUGACAGCAGCAGCUCGACCCUCGGAGACCCUGGAGCUGUCAGCACGAGACCUGGCCUACAGCCUCGCCCGCGUUUACAUGGGAGCGCUGCUGGUGGAUCACGCUGCGUGGGAGAACGCAACACACAUGGACAUCUACACUGCUCUCAGGUGGUGUGAUCAGGAUCUGUGUCCGGUGGUCAGUCGAGAUGCUGCUGGGUGUUAUGAUCCACAAACAGCAGCGAUGGACACGGCUCUGGUGUACGACGGCCUGCAGAACUGAGAUACACACACACACACACACUGUAACUCUCUCUCUCUCUCUCUCACACACACACACACACUGUAACUCUCUCUCUCUCACACACACACACACACACACUGUAACUCUCUCUCUCUCUCACACACACACACAAACAAGGAUCUGUGCACGGGACCAGAAGCACACACGAGCCCGAGCAUCAGUAGUGUUUCCUCUGGGCCAGUGCGAGCCAGGGCUUAGAGCAACGUCACCAAACCUCAUCGUUUCAAGAGAGGUUAUCAGAAAACUAAGAAAUAAAUCACUGGAAGAUGUGCGAUCACACAGGAACAUGAUAAAAGUGGCCGUGUGUGUGUAUGCUUUGUUAAAUAUUCAUAUUCAAAAGCAUCAAUGUUUAACUAUAGAAUAUGUGAUACAUUGAUCAUAAUGAAUUAAUUUAUCAGGACUCAAAAUUAAUCACACAGAAAUACAUUUAUUUCUAUUUUAUUUAUUUAUUCAGUCGAGUCUGUUUCUGUUUAUUUGUAGCCUAUAUGUCACAUUAAGAAUGAAUGAUAAUAUCUCUAUUUUUAUAGACUUAUGACAGAUAUUAUAAGUUACUAAAUAAAUACACAAUUGUGAUUUCUCCAA